GCCAUCAGCUACCUCAUCAGCCAGGCAGUCUACGAAAUCUACUUCUCCCCCCUCGCCAAAUUCCCCGGUCCAUUUUUAUGGACAAUCUCCAAGAUCCCUCUACAGUCCUCCUGUCUCAACGGCCGCGUCCAUUUGAAACUGACUGCCUUGCACGACCGCUACGGACCGGUCGUACGCAUCAGCCCAAACGAAUUGGCCUUUAACUCGCCGCAGGCCUUUCGCGAUAUCUAUGGCUCUCCGGCAGCAACACGCACGUUUCUGAAGGAUCGGACGCAUUACUUACCAGCGACGAACGGGGCCGACCACUUGAUUUCUGCGGCUGAUAACUCGGUGCACGCGAGACAUCGACGGCUGCUGUCGCAUGCGUUUUCAGAUCGCGCGCUGCGUGAGCAGGAAGAAUUGGUGACCGAGUAUGUCGACAAGCUGAUGGCAAAACUCAGCAGCUCGUCGUCCUCACAAGCGGCGGUCGACAUCAAGAGCUGGCUAGACUAUACAUUCUUCGAUCUCACCGGCGAACUUAUCUUUGGCGAAUCGUUCCAGUGUCUCGACAGCAGCGAGUUGCAUCCGUGGAUCGCGCUGGUGUUCAACUCGGUCAAAGCCCUCAUGUACAUGACUGUGUUUACGCAGUUUCCGUGGCUGAAUGCGGUGUUGCAGAAGCUCAUCCCGGCGAGUCUGAGGCAGCAGGAACGUGAUCACUUUGAUCUUGCGGCGGCCAAGAUGGAGAGGCGCUUAAAAAUGGGUGUGACGGAACGGACUGAUUUCAUGUCUGCGGUGCUGAGGAAUGGGUUCGUCGAUGAUGAUGACGAUACUACUGUGACAGAUGGUACUCUGGAAAAAGUGCUCAGCCGGGCAGAACUACACUCCAAUUCCUACAUUCUGAUCACAGUCGGUAGCGAGACCUCAGCAACAUUGCUGUCUGGCUGCAUUUAUUACCUGAGCAAGACUCCAAAAGCUAUGCAGAAGUUGGCUAACGAGAUUCGCUCCACCUUUUCCAUCGAUACCGAGAUAAACUUCACAAGCACCCCGAAACUAACCUAUCUCACUGCUGUGAUUGAGGAGUCGUUGCGUAUGUAUCCUCCACUGGUCAUGGGUCUUCCGCGAACGGUUGCACCUGGUGGUGGGAUUGUGGACGGGCAUUUCCUACCAGAGGGCACUCAGGUAUCAUGCCACCACUACGCGUCAUACCACUCCAAGGCAAACUUUAUCCUUCCCAACGAAUUCGUCCCGGAACGAUGGUUAGGUGAUGCGCGGUUUCAAUCAGACAAAAGGGACGUUCUUCAGCCGUUUAGCCUUGGUCCGAGAAAUUGUCUUGGGAAGAAUCUGGCGUACGCAGAAAUUCGGCUUGUUCUGUGCAAGUUACUUUUACGCUUCAAAGUCGAAUUGUGUGCUGAGAGUGAGAACUGGUCGGACCAGGAGAUUUAUUUCAUCUGGGACAAACCUGAUUUAAUGGUAAAAUUAGAGGAGCGGUAA